AUGCAUUCUACGGCUCAACUCGGGCCUCAAGAGAAAAGCGACGAGAAUACCCCAAAGCGUUCGUCAGUUCAGCAACUCAACGCUGCCACUCCCCCGGCCUUCUCCCUGGACAGCCCGAAAUACCCGAUGCUGUGGGUGACCUUCAUUGACAAGGAGGGCAUGGAGCACAAGAUCGCUGUCGCUAAGGGCGACAACCUGCUGGAUAUAGCGCAGGCUAAUGAUCUAGAGAUGGAAGGUGCCUGUGGCGGUUCAUGUGCAUGUUCGACAUGUCACGUAAUUGUGCUUGACGAAGACCUGUACGACAAGAUGCCCGAGCCCGAGGACGACGAGAACGAUAUGCUGGAUCUCGCAUUUGGCCUGACCGAGACGAGUCGACUGGGCUGCCAGGUCGUCAUGACGGAGGAGCUGGACGGGCUGAGGGUGAAGCUGCCGUCAAUGACAAGGAAUCUGCAGGCAAGCGACUUCAAGUCGUGA